GGAAAACAAAAGACAAAUUUAUAGAAAUGGUGAGGAAUCUAACUAAACUGGUGUUCCCACAAAGCAAGGUAUAGCUCAAUGGCAUCAUCAUUUGUGGGUACUUUAUUACCCAACCACUUCACACAAACCAAACACUCAGCUGUUCCUGCAAGUAGAUCAGGUGCUCCAAGAAGGAGGAGAGUGCACUUAGCAACAACAAGAGCAGAGACCAUGACUACUGUCAUAGAAAAACUGGGCAUUAAGAUUGAGAGGAACCCUCCUGAGUCCAAGCUCACUCAACUGGGUGUUAGGCAAUGGCCCAAAUGGGGUUGCCCUCCAAGUAAGUUCCCAUGGACAUAUGAAGCCAAAGAGACUUGCUAUCUUCUGGAAGGAAAAGUGAAGGUCUUUCCUAGUGGGUCGAAUGAGUCAGUUGAAAUUGCUGCUGGUGACUUGGUUGUGUUUCCCAAAGGGAUGAGUUGCACUUGGGAUGUGUCUGUUGGUGUUGACAAGCACUAUAAUUUUGAAUAAAUCCUACAAGGGGUGCCUAAUGAAUGAAGAAGAAACAGAACUUCCAUGAAUUGAUGAUUUUGUUGGAUAUAAUAAAAGAACUUUGGAGGUGUUUCUCUUUGCUUCUGUUUC